AUGAAAGCUAAGAAAGUUGACUCUUCAGAGGACAUGUACUUUGGUCGUUCUCAAGGAAGCAUUUGCUUUGUCGACAUCAAAGAUGGCUUCUGCGAUUCGUGGAUCUCCAUGUUUGAUGGUGAAUACAGGAAACAGUCGAGCGGAGAGUUAUUGAAGGACACUGGAUAUGGCAUUAUGAAGGCAAAGCGUGGUGACCUUUUACCUCCAAACACUCUCCAAGUGGACGGUGUUUAUGUGGGUCGUAACCAUGGAGAUUACCUUUGUCCCAUUCAUGUCCGUAAUGGGAUGGUCCGGGAUUUUCUAUCUAUUUUCAAGACCAAAUCGAAAAAAGGAGAAAUUGUGGUGAUGACCGAAGAUCCACGUUGUUCGUAAGAACUAAUGGGCAGAUUUAGCAAAGACAAGAGACGUCAAAUAUAACCCGAGAUCAGUCUCUAUGGAAGCUGCUCAAAUUGGGCCAGGUCUCAGUUUACGUCAAAUAAAAACGUAAAAGCGGGCGAAAAUGCUGAAGGCGACUUCCUGGCUCAAUUUGCUGUUCUUUGAUUGGUUAGUUCCCUCGUCACUGCUCACGUGUUGUUGUCAUCUUUUCAUGGGUUCCUUGCGUCUUGGCUAAAUCUGCCUGAUCCGUACCCAGAGCCUUAUAUUUAUAAUUUCAGACACGAAUAAAUUCCAGAAGCCAUGUUAAGUAAGAACAUAAUCUGUGGAUAGCGUUUAAUCGCCUAGUUGUCCCUUUGUUUUUUCUUAAGCGGAGCUCUUGAGCACGCGAGCACCCGCGGCGGAGCGCUAUGGUUAAGAAAAUUUGGUUAUCUAUGCAUCCAAGAAAUUAAGGUAGUCACGUGACCGUACGUUCGUCCGCCCGUCCGUCGACACCACAGGGAAACCAAUGUGUAAUGUCACAUUUUCCGGCUAGUAAUGGAUCCUAGCCUGUAACCUGUGUUUAACGUGUAUGUUAUUGUCAAUCGACAGCUGUCAAACAAGUUAUCCGCUAACCAAAAUCACUUAGGGCUUAGGUACCAACUCAUCGAGGUCAACCGUUUUUUAGCUUUUGUCCAGCUGAAUAGGUUAGCUUUCAAUUGAUCGCAAGCUCAAGUUUUAUAUGUUUAUAAGUCAAAUAUAUACAUUCUCUACGACAACCACGGCUAAUUUACAAAGCCAACUUGUAAGACCAAGAAGUGAAAAAAUAAUUAAAGGCGUUUGAGACAGGAAACAGUCGAGCGGAGAGUUAUUGAAGGACAGUCUUUCCUAAAAACCAGAGCAUCUCAUCCACUGAAAUUUAUCCCACUUCAACCAUCCUGUGACACGUACAAAUACAGCUUCUGGCCGAGAACUAUCAUUGACUGGAAUAGCCUGCCAUCUGAUUAUUUAACAUUGGAUUCAACUGCAAAAUUUAAAGCCACCGUCUCUGACUACAUUUUUUUCAGUGUUAUGUUUACCCCUUUCGAUUUAUUGUAUUUUAUACUAGUAGUAGUGCUUUCGUUUUUAGUUAGGAGCUUGCGAAUAUGUCUGUUAUAGAUGUUGCAAGAUGAUAUAUGUAAAAGUUUAUCUAGUAAAACCCUUUGGUUAGCUCAAACGACUUUGAUUUCAAUUCAUUUCACGCUUUUUAAUCCGGUUGGUCAGUUGAUUCUGUAUACAGUCGAACCUCUACUAACGGCCACCUCUCUACAUCAACGGCUACUUUUUUGGUGGACAGUCUAUAGAUUCAUUCAUUUAUUAAGGCUGCCUCAGCCGAGCUAGUCGCCCUGAGCCGCCCAGUCGACUUUGUUUUCCUUACAGGCUGAGAGUUCGCUGGUGGAUGCUGCUCCAGCGUCCCUCAUCACAGUGUCUAUAAAUGUUGACACUGGUCGACCGCAUCGUAGGUGUCCCUGUCUUGGCAGCCACAGGGCAAGCUGGCUUGCUGCAUAUCGCGGUGACUUGACCUGUGGCAAUGGACAGUAA